GUGCUCGGCGCGGCCACGUUCGGGUGCGCGGCCAGCGGCGCGGCGGGCGCAGCGAGCGGCGGCGGCGAGCGCGGGGCGAUGGGGGCGCGGCGGCGGCCGGCGCUCUGACAGCCCCCGGCGCUCCCUCAGCGGCAGGCACAGCGGCUCCCGGCGGCGUUUGUGGUGGUGGUGGCGGCAGCGGCAGCAGCAACAGCGGCCGCCCCCCUCCUCGGCGCGGACCAUGUUCGCCAAAGGGAAGGGCUCGGCGGUGCCCUCGGACGGGCAGGCGCGGGAGAAGCUGGCGCUGUACGUCUACGAGUACCUGCUGCACGUCGGCGCCCAGAAGUCGGCGCAGACCUUCCUGUCCGAGAUCCGGUGGGAGAAGAACAUAACGUUGGGCGAGCCCCCCGGCUUCCUGCACUCCUGGUGGUGCGUGUUCUGGGACCUUUACUGCGCAGCUCCCGAAAGGCGAGACACUUGUGAGCAUUCGAGUGAGGCGAAAGCCUUUCAUGACUACAGCGCAGCUGCCGCCCCGAGUCCCGUGCUUGGAAACAUUCCCCCGAACGACGGCAUGCCCGGGGGCCCCAUCCCACCCGGCUUCUUCCAGGGACCGCCUGGGUCACAGCCCUCGCCACACGCACAGCCUCCACCCCACAAUCCUAACAGCAUGAUGGGACCCCACAGUCAGCCGUUCAUGUCGCCACGCUACGCUGGAGGUCCCCGGCCCCCCAUUAGGAUGGGCAACCAGCCCCCGGGUGCCGUUCCCGGUACACAGCCGUUGCUGCCCAAUUCGAUGGAUCCCACGCGACAGCAAGGGCACCCUAACAUGGGCGGCCCCAUGCAGAGGAUGAAUCCUCCGCGAGGGAUGGGCCCCAUGGGUCCCGGUCCGCAGAACUACGGCAGCGGCAUGAGACCUCCACCCAACUCCCUAGGUCCCGGCAUGCCUGGAAUCAACAUGGGGCCGGGAGCCGGCAGACCGUGGCCGAACCCCAGCAGUGCUAACUCAAUCCCAUACUCUUCUUCAUCGCCUGGUACAUACGUGGGCCCGCCCGGCGGCGGUGGUCCUCCAGGGACGCCCAUCAUGCCCAGUCCUGCAGAUUCAACAAAUUCAAGUGACAACAUCUACACAAUGAUUAAUCCAGUACCGCCCGCAGGCAGCCGAUCGAAUUUCCCGAUGGGCCCCGGCUCUGACGGCCCCAUGGGUGGUAUGGGUGGCAUGGAGCCCCAUCACAUGAACGGAUCAUUAGGGUCAGGAGACAUAGAUGGACUUCCAAAAAAUUCUCCAAACAACAUAAGUGGCAUUAGCAAUCCCCCGGGUACUCCAAGAGACGACGGGGAGCUGGGAGGCAACUUUCUCCAUUCCUUCCAAAAUGACAAUGAUCAAGAGAGUCAGCUGCCGUUCGGAGGAUCUCAACGUAUUAUGCAAGAAGAAGAAGAAGACGAAGAAGACGAAGCUAGGUGUAUGGGCAGGGAGCCGCGUGGCGGGGGCCAACAACCCCCCAGGUUUAGUUUCAUGCAAUAAAAAGGCUGAACUUUUUAUUCCAUAAAACAUGAAGGACAAAACUUAAACAAACAA